AUGGCAAAUCAAGCAGAAGUUUCAGCAAUUGAACAAAUUAGAAUGCAUCUUCUCGGAGAGUUUUCUCCAACGGAGCUUCCUUUUGCUGCUGAGAUCGAAAGAACUAGUAGCAUAAAUUCAUCAGUUUCGAGCUCUCAAUCUGACUAUACAGUUUCAAUUUCUGAUUAUUUCAUGAAUCUUGAGCAGAAUGAUUUUGAUUUUAGCGACUUUUCAAGCCAUGAGUCCGUAGAUUUGGGGCAAAAUCAAUUAAAUCCACCAAUUAUAGACCUCACUACACCAAAGGCGCAAACAUUGACAGAGAGGAAGCCUUCAUUGAAGAUUGAAUUGCCGGAGGUGAAGAAAUUGGACCUGUUCGAUUUCUCCAAGUCGACUCAUUCGAACUCGGUAGCGAUGGUGCAGGACAACUCGGCUGUUGAGGAAAAGAGUCAUUACAGAGGGGUAAGACGCCGGCCGUGGGGCAAGUACGCGGCAGAGAUCAGGGACCCUAAGCGGCGUGGCUCACGUGUCUGGCUUGGGACGUUCGACACCGCCAUCGAAGCCGCCAAAGCUUAUGACAAGGCGGCGUUCGAGAUGCGGGGGAACAAGGCGAUUUUGAACUUCCCACUGGAGAUUCAGAAGGAAGUAUGCGGAUCAGAAGCCACCGUCGACGUAGGGCGAAAGCGACGGAGAGAAGAGGAAGUAGUAGUGGUGGAAGAAAAAAAGUCGAUAAAACUGGAAACGACAGAAAAAAAUGAAAUGAUGCAAUGGCCGUUAACGCCGUCAUGUUUGAGCUCAGUUUGGGAUCAGAGCGCGCACGAGACAUUUAACUUUCCACCGUUAUCUCCGUUUGGUUACCCACAGGUUACUGUGAUAUGA